AUGGAAGCUGUUGACAGUGGUAAAGGUGGUGUUUUCUUCUUAUAUGGAUAUGGUGGAAUUGGUAAAACAUUUGUUUGGAAGACUUUAUCUUCUGCCCUAAGAUCUAGGGGUCAAAUUGUAUUGACUGUUGCAUCAAGUGGCAUGGCAUCGUUAUUAUUACCAGGUGACAGGACAGCACAUUCACGAUUUGCAAUUCCAUUAAAUCUUGAUGAGUUUUCAACAUGCAACAUCAAACAAGGAAGUUCUUUGGCAGAGUUGAUAAUAAAGGCAAAACUCAUUAUAAGGGAUGAAGCUCCCAUGGUAAACAGACAUUGUAUUGAAGUACUGGAUAAAACAAUGCGAGAUAUCUUGAGGUUUAGCAACAAUGAUAGUCAAGAACAACUGUUUGGAGGGAAGACAAUGGUUUUUGGAGGUGAUUUUAGACAAAUACUACCUAUGAUACCUAAAGGAAGCGGGGAAGAUAUUGUAAAUGCUACCAUUAAUUUAUCCUACAUCUGGGAUGGUUGUAAACUAUUAACACUCACGAAAAAUAUGAGAUUAAGAGCUGACCAUACUACUGAAGAAAAAAAUAGUCUAAAAGAGUUUGCUGACUGGAUACUAGCAAUAGGUGAUGGAAAAUGCGGUAUAGAUAAGGAUGGAGUUGAAAAAUUUUUUAUCCCCAAUGAUAUCCUCAUUAGUGAUUGGGAUGAUCUUAUAGUUUCCAUUUGUAAAGCAAUCUAUCCAGAAUAUGUGAGCAAUUCAAAUUCAAAUCAAGGAUCACUAGAGGAAUGA